AUGCCGUCGAAAAAGAAGAAAUACAAUGCCCGUUUUCCAGCGGGAAUUUUUAUAAAUCUGUUUCAGAGUCGCAUCAAAAAAAUUAUGCAAACGGAUGAGGAAGUGGGCAAAGUGGCACAAGCAGUACCAGUCAUUAUCUAUAUCCUUUUUAACUGA